GAAGCUAUUGAUAUAGUGAAAUUAGUCGGUGAAGAAUGUAUUCGUAAAAUGGAUUUCUUAUUCGAAAGUCAGGAUCAACAUGAUGAAGUUCAUGUGCUAAUCCAAUUGGCAAUCAAAUAUUGUACGAAUCUUGAGGAGAUUCGUGCAUACGCCAAUGAUGUGCGAAAGAUUGAAUUGAUUGUAAAGAUGAAACAAUUGAAAUCACUUUAUUUCGAAUACUGUUAUUGCAGAGAGGAACAAAUAUGUCCGGAUCAUGCAGUAAAUUCAUUUGUAAAGCCCCUGUCUCAACUGCCCAAUUUAAAGAGAUUGACUUUAUAUGGCUUUCCCUCUUCAAAUACCGAACUGAAUUGUAUACAAAAUUUAAUCCAAUUGGAGGACUUACGGUUACGAGGCAUUUGUCGUGACUCAGAUAAUUAUGUGAAUAUAAAUGAAAUUUGUUCGCCUUUAAAAAAUCUUCGUGUUCUAUUUUUAAGAUAUUUGGGUUGCAUUAAUUUCAAUCAACUGGAAUUGAAUAAUUUGGAGUUUUUGGAAAUUAUUAAUGUCGUUUUGGCAAAUAGUUUGCCCUAUUUCCCAAAUCUAAAGAGUUUGACAUUAUUUCCCAGAUUUAAACUACAAUUGUGCAAUGUCAUGAGCAAAAAUAUACUAAGCCAAUAUGCAAAUCAAUUGGAGAAAUUUCAUUUUUUUAAUCAUAUAAAUCUCGAAGAUGCUCACUUGAUUUCUAAAUUGAUCUCGCUUAAGGAUCUACGUUUUACGUCUAUGGAUGAAACGGCUUAUCAAUAUGUUGGCCAUCUAAAGCAACUGGAGAGAUUAACAUUUUAUGAUUCUCGUAAGUUGUCUAUUAGAACUUUGCUCUCAAUAUUGAGAGAAUGCAAACAUCUUAGAUACCUUUCCGUGCAAAAUGUUCACCACUUGACCCAUGACUUUAUCUAUAAUGCUUUGGAUAUUUGUCAUUCUAAUGGAAUUCACUCAAAUAAUCCAUUGAAAUUGUUUCUACAUGGAUCGAGUAUUGAUACCGAAAUAGUUAAAAAGUUGUCAACACAUUCAAAUGGAAAUUUAUUGGCCAUAAGUUUCAAAUAUAUAGAUGCUUAUGACGAAAUUAUGAUGAGAAUCUAAAAAAACUGCUGCUGCUAUAUCAAAUGGAUUUUUGAGGAAUGCAAAAUUAGUUUUUGAGACCACAUAACUUGUUUCGACUGGUCGGUGGGGCGACGACUCUGGAUGAUAAGAAGUGGCGACAAGUUGAAAGCAAAUAGUAGAAAACAAUGCAGCUAACACAGGACCAACAAUAACAACAACAAUAUAACCAAACACAGUUCAAUGAAAUGUUAAAGCAAAGCACUUGCAAUAAAACUAAUAAAAA